UCUCUAUAUUGGUGGAUUAGUGAAUCUUCGCCGAGUCGCUGGUGUUGCUCAUAUUAAACAGCCACAGAGGCAAGGUGAGCAACAACACGGCAAGACGGAGGUAAAACAACAACACUGGUGACAGUUUCUACACACCAACCGGUCCCCUUCCAGUUUAUAGUUCCGGCCGGAGUUUGAACAAGAAAAGGAAAGCUCGUUAAUCAUCUUGUGGGACAUUUUCGCGCGCGCACUGAAGCGUUUCCGGUCGGCAACCAGCAACGGCAGCACUAGCACCGGUAACAACAACUGGAGAAACACGGUGAAAUAAAAGAUACGCCACAAUGUCCGACCACCAGCAGCCAAUCACGACCCCGCCACGGCGCUGCAACGAACAUCCAGCCCUAACAGCCGCAGCCAUGCUGGGCAAUCUUCACGGGUCCGAGUCGUGCAAAAAUUCACCUCUCGUACCGCGCCGGCUGGAGCCCCAUCAUCACAGUCUGCUGGAAAGUGGCAGCCAAAGUGCACAAAAUUCCCCGCUGCCGAACCGGCGACUGGACAAAUUACAGGGCGUAAUUCGAGACAAAAGCUCGCCCAUGUGCGGCCGCCGUGGGGUCCCGGACGAGGUCGACUUCAGCGAUUCGCCCAUCGUAUCGAGAAAGUUCAAUCAGGUGCACGAGUGUGUUUGUGCGCAGCAGAAGCUACGUGCCACCGUCGAUGGGUCGGGAUGCGUGCAUCGAAUAGAAAGUGAGUUUUCCAAAAAUUCCCCGAUGAUGGCAGUGAUGCGGAAGCGGGGCGACUCGGACUGCAGCAGUUGCAUGCGGAAAAACAUCAUCCGAAACCAGUUCAGUGCCAGUGUGAUGAAGAGUGAGUGCGGGGGGAUGAGCAGUGCCGGGGGAAGUUCCUGCGAAAGCACACCGUUGCUGCGACGGAAGGAACCAUUUCCGUACGGGUCACCGGCCAAAGGGGUGCUGGGUGAGCCGGGAGUGUUCAGCUCUCCGGUGCACGGUAAAUCACCAAUGGAUCAUCACGCCCCUUUCGGGGGCCUUUCGAGUCCGGCCAAGAGCGUACUGGGGGAACCGGGAGUGUUCAGUUCGCCGGCCAGAAGUGUGUGCAGCCCGACGGGCGAAGAUGCGGCCAGUGACGGGGCCGAUGUGCUUGCCAACGAUCAGACUAUUGUAUCCGGAUGGCUCAAGUUCCGAGACAACAAAAAGUGGAAAAUCCGAUGGGGAGUUGUUACGAAGCUAUCGCCAGCAGCAGGUAAAUCUGAUUGCUUCAUAUCUCCAUCGACAUCGGUUGUUAAAUAUUUCAGCAAACAUUCCCACCGUAAGCCGAUAGGGACGUCGUGCUAUUCCAACAAAUAAAUUAGACCAAUGUAAUCCUGCCUUUCCUGGUUCAGCAUUUCUAUUCCCACUUGAAAAGAAAAAAACAAACCGGAAAUGGAAAUACGAACAACCAACCACAAGGUAAGACAUUAUGUUUUGUUCUUCAAGCCAUGGAGCGAAGAAGCCACGAUUGCGGAUGGUGAAUAUUAUUUACCUACAUUUCCUUGGUCGGUAUUGGGUGGGGAAAUAUCCCACUUUGGCGAAACAUUUCGGUAAACAUUUUGCCACUGCCGAAGAAAUAUUAAAAAUGAAAAUCAACACAGAAGCCCAAACCACCAUCGGUGGAAGAAAAAAAUGAAUGCAAUCAUGAAGCAUGGAUGGGAUUGUGGCCUCGCAGUAUUCACACCGUUUUCUUGGCACCGUACCAAAACCAUGUCGCACGCGCGCGGUUACACCCAGUUAAGUCGGCAGCUUUCCGGCAAUCGCGCGGAACAAGCGGCGGUACGGAAUGAAACAAAAAUAUUUGCGGGAAAUAGCUUUUGCUGUUAACGGGCGGAAAGCGUAUUGUGGGAGGCUAAUUUCUAUGCCUUCGGUGGCGUCAACACCUGUCUGUGAGACGAGUGGAGGGAGGGCAUUAUGUCUGGCAGAUGAAAUAAGAUGUCCCAAGAUGUUAUUGCGACGUACAAAGUCGUUUGUGGCGCAUCUGAUGGGCCUCAGUGGGACAUGAAGAUUGGAUGAAAAAAUAAAAUGAAUUGUCAUUGGUAUUUAGACUUAGAGGUAAAAAGCUCGUGAGUUGUCUUCUACAGCUAUUUCUGUCCAAGGAAAAUUUAAUGGAGACGCAUGGUAGCAUAAAUAAAUACUGAUAAUCUUUAUUGUUAGUAUAAAUGUCUUACAGUUGAUUAACCGCGGUAGUUUUUUUAAUGCAUUGGAACUCUUGGAAGGAGGUGAAUUUGUUAAAAACGGUUUGAAGAUUAAUUAUUCCGGGAAG